UUUGACACUUUACAUACUUCAUUAAGUCCUUCAAACUACCCAAAACCCUAGACUCAUUUCUUGCUACAGAUUCCAUGGCUAUUCUUUCCGAGUACGAAGAGCCGGAAACUAAUACGUCUACUUCUUCAGCUGCCGCAGCGAAGCCGUUUAAGGCCUCUCUUGAUCCAGCUAACCCCCUUGGAUUUCUCGAGGCGGCGUUGGAGUUCCUGGCGCGCGAGUCUGAUUUGUUCAACAGCGAUUCGUUGAUCAACGAUGUGAAUGCGGUGGUUCGGAUGGUCAAGGACAAGGUCGACACCGAGGAGCGAAAGCGGAAGGAGAAAGAGAAGGCGGCGAAUGGGAACACUGAGAAGAAGAUGAAAGAAACGCCGAUCGCCGCCGCCGCCGCACCUGCUGUUCCUGUGAAGGAGGUGGAAGUUGAGGGUGAGAAGACUACCGGAACUACGGAGGAUGAAAAGAAAGGACCUCGAGCUCCUAACAAAGGAAAUGGCCUUGAUAUGGAUAAUUACUCUUGGGUUCAAAGCCUUCAGGAGGUCACUAUCACUAUUCCUGUACCUCCUGGAACAAAGGCUAGGUUUAUUGAAUGUGAUAUAAAAAAGAACCAUCUUAAAGUUGGACUUAAGGGUCAGCCACCAGUAAUUGAUGCUGAACUCUACAAGCCUGUCAAGGUUGAUGAUAGCUUCUGGAGCCUGGAGGACCAAAAAUCCAUCUCUUUGCUCCUAACCAAGAGUGAUCAAAUGGAAUGGUGGAAAUUUUUGGUGAAGGGUGAGCCUGAAAUUGAUACCCAGAAGGUAGAACCAGAAAACAGUAAACUAUCAGAUCUAGACCCUGAGACAAGGUCAACAGUGGAAAAAAUGAUGUUUGAUCAGCGACAGAAAUCCAUGGGUCUCCCUUCAAGUGACGAAAUGCAGAAACAAGAUAUCCUGAAGAAAUUCAUGGCUGAGCACCCAGAAAUGGACUUUUCCAAGGCCAAGUUUAGCUGAGUGCAAGUGUGCUUAUGUUGGUUAUGGUGGUGGUGCCUAGCAGUAUUCACCAGCGGGGAGAAUAUAGAUCAUGUUUUUUUUUUUUUUUUUUUUUGGCUAAAACCAUUUUCCUUCACUGUGGAUAUGUUUUUUUUUUUUCUUUGAGUUCCUUAGUGCAUAUGCUCAAUUUGUUUGUUGAAAUUUCAUCCGGUGGGAAUUUUGAACUGCUGAUAUGUUUAGCGGAAUAUAUUGCAUGACAAGGUAAUACUCAAUUUGUGGAGCCUGACAUCUUCAUCUUUAACUGGGUUUUGUGCCCUGAUGUUUACAUUUCAGUGAA